UUACGACGGUGAAACACCAUUGGUGAAACAUCAGAAUCGAUGUCACCCGUUGUUUAUAAAAAUCUUGAUAAAAAUGGAUACAGAAACUCUGCCAAACGUAACAAAAACAUUCAAAUAUUCGUUCCCAACUUGCACAAACGAGGAUGUAUUGUUCAAGCUGGAAGUCCCGGUGGAGAUCCCCCACAGUGGCUCCACCAGGGAACUAGUGCAGAGAGUUAUAAAGAUGUUUCACAUACCGGUGUAUUUAGAGGACGAACUCAAUGAAAGGCUAGCAAACUUUGUGGCGGAGGAAACAAAAACAUUUCAUAAUGAGCGAGAUGAGAAACUUUUAAACCAGUUGAAAAAUAGUGAGCUGAAUGUGGAAGGCAUCGUUAGGAACUGGGAGAAACUGUUCAAGGAGAAUGUUGUUGACUUUGCUGAACAAAAGGGAACACCUGACGAGGAGGUCUUUGCUGCUGCUUAUCACAAAUUGGUGCAUUCACCAGCACUAGAGACUAUAUUACAAGUGGAGAACUCAUAUGCCAAAACUGUCAAGGACACCCUCAAGAACAGGGAUGAAGAUAUUAAAAAAUUAACUGACAGUCAAACUGAAGAGAUGGAAGAGAAGAUGAAGCUGCUACAUGUGGACUGUACUGAAGAAGAGAUCAACCAGCUAGUCUCACGGCAUCUAGAGCAGCAAAUCGUGGUGGCGGGCCGCUGGGGCUCCACGCUCGAUGCGCUUGCGCACACACAGCGCGCGCAGCACCGCACCUGGCUCAUGGCCACGCUCGACCAGUACCAUGACUCCAGUGCACUCACAACUCCCAGCAACUCGCCCCUAGGCACAUUUUCACCUGCAGUGGGCGCGGCGUUAGGCGGCCCCCCCGCACCACUAAGCAUGGCCCCCGCCGCACAGGGUCGCAUGGAGGAGAGCUUCACAAUCCACCUGGGCAGUCAGCUGAAACAAACCCACAACAUACGGAUUGUUGCCAUGGACCUGCUAGACUUGUGCAAUGUUGAUCCUGACAAUCCAACAGAGUCCUCCCGGCGCUUGCAAACAUCGCUAUCUCUGUACUCGAGUGAGCUAUCGGGCGUGGUGCUGCUGAGCGAGUCGCCGCCGUCGCCGCGCCUCGCCGCCGCCGCCACCGGCUCCACAGAGUACCACUUCUGCGACCUAGACCGGCAGAUGAGGCAAAUCGACGAACAAGUCAAAGAGCCUGCGGAAGAUCGUAACGCAGCGCGUCGCGGAUCUCAGCCGGCUGGUCACGGCGGCGGGUCGCGCAAGACUCUCCGCGCAGGCGACGUGGUGAUGACACGCCACAGCAACCUGGGCGACGUGCAUGUCGUCUUCCAUCUUGUCGUAGAUGACCACUCGCUUAAGUCUGGUGAUAUUACGUCACGUCACCCUGCCAUCUUGGGUCUACGCAACGUGUUAAAGGCGGCGUGCAGUAAUGACGUCACAAGCAUCUCAUUACCGUUGCUCCUGCGACAUGAAUUGUCAGAGGAGAUGACGGGCGCGUGGUGCGCGCGGCGCGCGGAGCUGGUGCUGAAGUGCGUGAAGGGGUUCGUGCUGGAGGCGGCGGGCGCGGGCGGCGCGGAGCUGCGCACGCUGCACUUCGCGCUGCCGCCCGCCAUCGACGCGCGCGUCUUCGCGUCGCUCGCCACGCUACUGCCGACCAUCUUCCGCAUCUCCAAUCCACUCAAAUUCAAAGCCGCGGGAUAAGGUAACGUAGAUGUAUGUUUUGAAAUCAUUCCGGUCGAUUUGUACAAUUUUAUGAUGUCGACAAUUAUUUAAACAGUUGAUGUGUAUUGGAACUUGUAUUCUUGUGAUAAUAAUAGAAUCUAUUUUAUUUUCGUAUUUAGGUUCUGAAUAGUUAUCACCAAGUAGUAUUUUAAUAUCAUACGUUCCUUACUCAAUAUAUUACUGAAUGUAUUUUAAUUUUAUAUUAGUUUUUAAAAUCAUAUUUAUAAAACUAUUGAAAAUUUUAUCUAAUGUACCAAAAAUAUAAUACUUCAAUAUUAUAAGUGU